CAAAAAUGGACAAGAGUGGAGGAAGAAAGGUAAUGGAUGAGAUAAGGAGCUUUGAGAAGGCAAGUUUGUUUGAUCUUGGCCAUCCUCUUCUCAACCGCAUCGCUGACUCUUUCGUCAAAGCCGCCGGUGUCGGAGCUUUACAAGCUGUGUCUAGGGAAGCUUACUUCACGGUGGUUGAUGGGGCAGGAUUUGAGGCAAGCAACAUGGGUCCACCUUCUGAGAAUGCUGGCAGCAAGAAACAUAGGUUUCCUAAUCUUUAGAGGUUCGUUCACGAUAUUUAUAUUGUUUGAUUUGUUUAAAAUUUGCUGUGUUUGUAAACUAUGAUUACCGUUAUGUUGAUAGAAUUUGUUGUUGCAUUUUCAGGGGAAAGCAGCAAAUCACUGGAUGCAUUGGUGAGUUUAAUUACAAAAUGAACACUAAUGUUUCGUAUAUUUAUUUAUGUCCAAUAUCCGUCCGCACGUGUAUGCGUGUUAAUGUGUUUGUGUGUUGAGCGAAUGCAAGAGAUAAAAUAUGAUCCUAAGCUUGUGUUUUAGACUUAGUUAACUAAGUUUGGUCUUGCAAUAACGUCUAAAUUGGUUGGUCUUUAGGUGAAGAACACAGGAAAAGAAUCUCUCCAGUGGGGUGAGUUAUUACAUAUAUUUAUGUUAAAUUAACCGUUUUGCCUUUAACAGAGAUUACUAGGAUAAGACCCGCGCCUUGCGCGGGAUUAAGUUAUUAUUUUUAUUAUAUUUUUGAGAAUGAAACAAUAGUUUGGCUUCAUUUGGAUUACAGGUGUUCAAUCCGGAUAUC